UGUCGGAAUUAUAUAAUAAAGCAACAUUGCAGUAACAUUACUGACACCUAUUGAUCAAUGCGGAAUACCACAUACUGUAUAAUCACAACACCUUUGAACGUGUCUUUUUGAAUGCCUUAUAUUUGUAUUUGGGUUCAUUUAGCCAUUUUUAUGCUUGAAAAGCCUUAACUUAAUAACAAUACGCCCCAAUAAUAGGCCGUAUUCAACCACAAACAUGAUUCAUUAAUUAAAAUAACACAAAAACAAUGCUGUCAGUAUUGGUAAACGUGUCAAUUUGGAUAAAGAGUUAUUUUUGCUCUUUCCACCCUUUAAGUCUCGCCCUGCAUCAGGAUGCUAAUUGUAGAUACUUAACAUCUGUCGUUAUAACGUCUUGCAUUAUAUUUCUCCAAGCAGGAAGCAUCCUGCUAACUUCAAAAAAGAAUAAUAAUAGGAUUUUUUUUUCCAGUUAUGUUGGCGCAACUCUUCCCUCCGACCCAAGAAUCUGUAACGAUACAGCAGCCCCCUCAUAUUAGACCAUGAACCAGCAACUUCCUAGACUAACAAAUAUGAUACCCCCAACACAGUUUAUCACCCUUUUGUUCACGGUUCCUUGGCGGAGGUCAUUGCAGUUAUUAUCUAGCGGAGGGGUGUUGAUGAAAGCCGUGAUCCCAAACACAUGUUAAUCAAAAAAUGAUCAUCACAUGGGAGUCAAUGUCACUAUGUGCUUGCUGUAGCUGCACCACUGACUGCACAUGACUGACAGCGAGCAUCACAGGUAACUAAGUGGCUGAGAAAUUGUUCUCACUGGGACUCUGCUUGUCCAUCAAAAGGGUUGUGAAUAUUUAUGCAGUCACACACGUGGGAAAAGCCUGCGAGACUGUUUGAAAAUCUACAGCAACGCGUGCACUUUUUAGGAAGACGGCAAACUCAAGUCUUCCGCUUCCGACCGCAUGAAACCAGCUGUGAAGACCAGCUUCUGUCAUUGGAUGUGCACAAAUUCAACACGUGUGUCUUAUAACGCCACGUCAGGAAGUAAACAGCAGACAAUUCGGUCUAGACGUUAAAAUAGUUCAUGUGGGGUUGCCAUGGCAAUGACAUUCUCCCUAUUACAGCCAUGUGCGCGGUCAAAAUAUUUUUAACGCUGACAUUUUAGGGUAAAAUCACACAUAUUGGCGUUUUAAAUUGGCGGACUAGCCAGGACACAUCUCACGUUGUGCUAACCUUAUUUUUACAGUGCACGGUUUAUGCAAAGUUGUAGUUGUUGCACACCGAAAACGAUCGCGCAAUAGCUUCAAGGCAAAUGACACUUGACAACCAUAAGGGGGAGCCCUCGAGCAGGCAAACACUAAUUACUGACUGUGCCUUUUCACGACUUAUUAUUAUUAUUUAUACCUUUUUGCUUUAGACGAUGUGUUUACGUCCUCAUAGAAGGCGACCAGUCAUGACAAAGUCAAUAAGUGUAACGAUAACCAUAGGGCCAGAAAUUUGUGUUCCAUCGGUUUGUGUUUGACUUUGGAGGUUCCACUGUCAUAAUCUCACUGCAUUCACAUCCUGAAGGUCAACCUCGGCCACGCCUCUUUGGUGUUUGCAAUGCUGAUUCAGCCUUUGUGUCACACAACAUCUCAAAUGUUUACCAAAUGAAUAUAUGGAAAUGAGAUGCGGCUGACAAAGGUUAAUUGGUCAGCUUUUGUGGUGUGUGUGUGUGUGUGCGUGCGUGCGUGUGUGUGAGACGAAACACUUUUCUUGCACUUCAUUUUCCAACACAGCUUGGCAAGAGUUUGAAUCUCCGGAGUUCCCCAAAAAAUACAUGUUGGGCUAAACUCAGUGGUCCUCAAUUAUUUUUUGUCAUCCAGAAGAGAAACUUCAAAUACUAUUGACAAACUGAUAAUAUCUAUUUAUCUGCACUGUACAGACUGAACUCGAAACUGAAACCAGCGAAACGCAACCAAAUGCAGAGCAGUGAAGCAUACAAGCGUAUUCAAAAGUCAAAUUGCAUGCCGAGUACGACAAAUUCAUCCAUGUUGGCAGGUCUGCACUAAUAUUGUCUGCACUAAAAGUCCUCCCCAUCCCCCGGGAAGUUGACCGCGCCCUUCCGGGGGGCGGCACCCCGCAAUUUGAGAAGCACUGGGCUUUUUGGAGACCAGAAAUUGUUCAUAGGUGUAAAUGGUUGUCUGUCUAUACUGUACAUGCAUUGCGAUGGACUGGUGACCAGUCCAGGGUGUACCCCGCCUCUCACCUCAAGUCAGCUGGGAUAGGCCCCAGCAAUCUGUGACCCUAAUGGGGAGGAGUCAAAUGGAGUCAAAGCCGGAAUUAAAAACGACAAAAAAAAAUGACUCAACAGCAUGCAUGCUGGUGAAUUGCAGGCGCAGCUGUUAAUUAUUCGGAUCAACAACACUGAAUGUUAAGUAGCAAUGCAACAACGUACUUUGCAUGUCUUUUAAACACUUAAAGGAGAACCUCCUGCAAAAUAACACAAACAGUACUGUGAUUUUUUUAAAUGUAUUGUUCUGGCUUGGUGCGUCGUUGUCUGAGCUCAGUCGUCUGCAGAGGAAGUGGGGAGCUUUGGGAAUUCAAAUUAGAUAUUUUGUGGGUGUGUGUGUGCGCGCGCGCCCAUCUUUGUGCAACAUGUGCACUGUGACAGCAUCGCGAAAAGUGGAUGCAGUGGUCACGUGACGUGGCUGAGAGGGAGCGACGCCUUAUAAAAGUGAGAGGACUGUGGAGAGAGAGAGAGGGUGUGUGAGUGUGUGAGUGUGUGUAUAGAGGGAGUAACCAGUGAGCGUCUGGACUGGAGCUCACAUCCUCAAUAGGAGCAGCGAGAGCACUUCCUUCCACACAGAAAAACUUACAUUUGUUCUGCAGACUUCAACAAAAUGGCUUCAAAGCCUCAUUUUUUUUAAACCACAUUUAUUUCCACAUUUUUGCACAAGUGCAUUGGAGGCUGACUGGAUUAACGCGCGAAGAUAAAAGGGCGGUUCUGCGCACUUGAGGGAAUUAUGUAAGGUUGCUGUAAGCUCUCGGCGCCUCUCCUUCACACGCAGCCAUGAAGUCCGUGCUGGAUGCAGUGGCGGACACCACCUUCCGGACUAUCACAUCUGGUUUACAAUAUCUGGGCUCCAACGACGCCAACUACGACGAGCCUGUCAGCGAUGUAGACUUCAAGGGCGCCUUCUCUUUGCAGAAGCCCCUGUCCGCCUUCCGCAGCAACUCCUUCCCUGAUAGACUCCCCCCGGACGAGGAACUGAUCCUCAGAGGCGCCCCCUUCUACCCGACCAACGCCACGGAGCUCUUGUCCAACCGGAGCACUUUCCGAGAUGAGAGCAACAACAUCCAGUGCGGGGAGAACUUCAUGGACAUGGAGUGCUUCAUGAUUCUGACGCCCAGCCAGCAGCUGGCCGUGGCUGUCAUGUCGCUGACUCUGGGGACCUUCACGGUGCUGGAGAACCUGGUGGUGCUCUGCGUGAUCCUGCAGUCGCGCACGCUCCGCUGCAGGCCCUCCUACCACUUCAUCGGCAGUCUGGCCGUGGCCGACCUGCUGGGGAGCGUCAUCUUCGUCUACAGCUUUCUGGACUUCCACGUGUUCCACAGAAAGGACAGUCCUAAUGUUUUUCUCUUCAAGCUGGGCGGAGUCACGGCGUCGUUCACCGCCUCCGUGGGCAGCCUCUUCCUCACCGCCAUCGACCGCUACAUCUCCAUCCACCGACCUCUGGCCUACAGGCGUAUUGUGACUCGAACCAAGGCGGUCAUCGCCUUUUGCAUGAUGUGGACCAUCUCUAUCGUCAUCGCCGUGCUACCUCUGCUGGGCUGGAACUGUAAGCGUCUCAAGUCGGUGUGCUCAGACAUCUUCCCCCUGAUCGAUGAGAACUACCUGCUCUUCUGGAUCGGAGUGACCACUGUGCUGGUUCUUUUCAUCAUCUACGCCUACAUCUACAUUCUGUGGAAAGCACACCACCAUGCCGUGCGAAUGCUGAGCCGCACCUCCCAGAAGAGCCUGGUGGUGUACUCUGCAGACGGGACCAAAGUGCAAACCACGCGCCCCGAGCAGGCCCGCAUGGACAUCCGUCUGGCUAAGACCCUGGUGCUUAUCCUGGUGGUGCUGGUCAUUUGCUGGGGUCCAGUGCUGGCCAUCAUGGUCUACGACCUCUUCUGGAAGAUGGACGACGACAUCAAGACGGUGUUUGCGUUCUGCAGCAUGCUCUGCCUCCUCAACUCCACCGUCAACCCCAUCAUCUAUGCCUUGAGGAGCAAGGACCUGCGACACGCCUUCCUCAGCUCGUGCCACGCCUGCAGGGGCAGCGCCCAGCAGCUGGACAACAGCCUCGAGUCGGACUGCCAGAACCGAAACAUCUCGGCCAACAGGGCGGCGGAGAGCUGCGUGAAGACCACUGUGAAAAUAGCCAAAGUGACAAUGUCUGUGUCCACUGAGACUUCUGCGGAAGCUGUCUAGUCAGCUCUCACUGGGUGCAAAAAUCUCAUCUUUGUUUUCCUUUGAAACAUAAUAAACCUGAUUUGAAAUGUUCCACAUGCAGGAAAAAGUGACAUUUUUAGUUAUUCUACAUUAGUGUGUGAGCACAGAGCGUGCCGAAGUGCCAAAUUGGUAUUACAAGGUCAUAGGCGGGACUCAUCCCAUGGAAGAAAUGUGCGGUUGGUGAAUGCAUUUUAUAUUUUUGUACUGUGAAUUCAGGUUUUGAAAAUCUUCACGUUGGGGACAAGGGGCUACAAACAAUUGUUCUACUGUGUCAUUUGCACCAUGAAUACAAGAAGAACCCUCUCUCUCUCUUCAUGUACAUUAUUCUUUAUUUCCUACACCGCUUAUUAGAACAGGUCUCUUUUCUACUUCUUUCGCUCGGCGAGUGGCAAGCGUGUGUGAGUCGUGUGUGAAAUGAGUGGUGAUUCAUGCAGAGACAAGCAAACAAGACUUAAGUGUACACGCUUUGCAGUAAAAAAAUGACAAUUCAAAUGGUGAUUACCAAUCUUUUAUAAAUGUAUCCAUUUGUUUACUUGCUAGCUGUUAGAGAGUGUAGACUCACAUCAUCAACUGUACAGUGUUAUUUGAAAAAAAAUCUAAUCAGGGAUGGGCAUUUGACUAAAUUCCCUUGAUUGAUUCCCUUGAUUCUUACAUUUUAAAAUUGUUUGGACGGGAGACUCUCUGUGGAUGUUCUGAACUCCUGUUUGGAUGCCAGUGUGGUAUUGAGCUCAGCUUCUCCGAGCUUCUUUUGUUGACUCAACAGCGCCUCUGCUGGUUGCAACCAAGCAGUGCACUCAAUUCCGCGUAAUCAAACCACCGAUUGAUGGUUUAUAAUGCCCAACCCUGGUUGAAAUCCAAACUUGUCAGCUAUACAGUCUUUUGAAAGCCUUUCAUGAAAAAUGAAUUAGGACACAGCGUGCUGGCCACUACUGUGCAAGAAAAACCUGGAAAAAAACUGAAGUGGCUUCAAUCUGCGCUCAUCACAAUGUGUGCUUUUACUAGAUUGUAUGUAAGUAAUGUUACCUUGUGGCUUAGUGAUAAUAUUUCCAACCCAAAGCCUUUAAUGAAUUAUUGCAGUGAGUUGUUGUAGUGCUACUGUUGCAGACGGGGUGUCGUUUUUUUGUGGCAAAAAAUAAAAAAGCCCACCCAUGCACAGGCCUAUAGUGAAGUACUCUUGGCGUAAUAAAAAAUAAUAAUCUGUUCAUUUUUACAUGUAAAAAAAAUAAACAGACCAGACUCGAAUGGGAGAACUUAAAAGAAUCCCAGAAGAUGUGAUAUUUAUUUUCAAAUAAGCAAUGUAGUACUUUUAAGCACAAUCGUUCUGUAGGCUUUUUCUAUCAGUGUGACGUUAUCCAUGACAGCUGUGUACCAGUAAUGCUGUCGCUGCCUCUUGUAUUAUUGAAUGGUAAAGAAAAACAUGUCAAAUGUCAAGUGGCUUCUGUACAGUAGUGGCAAUAUCAGGAAUACAUGACCUCAAAAAGGAAAAAAAUACAUGGGUCAAGUGUUUUUAAUAUUACUGUUUCAAUAAAGUCGCAGCUGAUUGUCAUUCUGGUUAUUUCUUUUUGAGUCCAUAGCCCAGGUGUGUUCAAAGUGUGGCAUAGUGAACGUCCUCUCGGGGAGUAUAAUACAGUUGCGGCCUCCCCUACUCCCUUUCUGGAGCAUAUUUUGUGGGAUUUUCUAUUCACCCCAGACUCGCUCUCUCAGUAAAACUAAUGAAUUUUGCCUUUAAAUAUAAGUUAACUAAAGAGGUUUGAAAAAGACCACUGCAAUAGCCAGUUAAACUAAGGAAACCCAUCCUUGAUGUUUUGGUGCCCUCUGGUGGAUAUUUAUCGAACUUUUCAUUGACCAGCAAAGCCUUUCAACACUUUCUUUAGUAUUCGUGUGGUUGUUUCCAAUCCCAACGGUGGUAAAUUGCUCGAUAACAUCACAUGAGAGCAACAUCUGGUCUUUUUUUCAUCUAUAUACCUCGAGAGGCUAGAAAACAUCUGUCCACACUAGAUUUUGUUCGCUUAUCUAGCAAAUACUCCAAUCUAUGUAGAUCCAGAGCAAUGUUUUAUUUUUCAAAAUGUUAUUUCACAUGUAAAAAGCCAGAUA